AUGUCCAAACCUUCAGACCACAUCAAGCGGCCCAUGAAUGCCUUCAUGGUAUGGUCCCGGGGCCAGCGGCGCAAGAUGGCCCAGGAAAAUCCCAAGAUGCACAACUCGGAGAUCAGCAAACGCCUAGGCGCGGAAUGGAAGCUCCUGUCCGAGGCAGAGAAGCGGCCUUACAUCGACGAAGCCAAAAGGCUGCGCGCCCAACACAUGAAGGAGCACCCCGACUACAAGUACCGGCCGCGGCGCAAGCCGAAGAACCUGCUCAAGAAGGACAGGUAUGUCUUCCCCCUGCCCUACCUGGGCGACACGGACCCGCUCAAGGCGGCCGGCCUGCCCGUGGGGGCUUCCGACGGCCUCCUGAGCGCGCCCGAGAAAGCCCGGGCCUUCUUGCCGCCGGCCUCGGCGCCUUACUCCCUGCUGGACCCUGCGCAAUUUAGUUCCAGUGCCAUCCAGAAGAUGGGUGAAGUGCCCCACACGUUGGCCACCAGCGCGCUGCCCUACGCGUCCACCCUGGGCUAUCAGAACGGCGCCUUCGGCAGUCUCAGCUGCCCCAGCCAGCAUACGCACACGCACCCGUCCCCCACCAACCCGGGCUACGUGGUGCCCUGUAACUGUACCGCCUGGUCUGCCUCCACCCUGCAGCCCCCUGUCGCCUACAUCCUCUUCCCAGGCAUGACCAAGACUGGCAUAGACCCUUAUUCGUCAGCCCACGCUACGGCCAUGUAA